CACUGGCACGGAGAGAAAGGGAGAAUCGGUAUCGUCCAGCAAACCGCGAUUUAUCGUUGGCAGAAAGUGAAGAGACGGUACGCUCGGAAGGCAAACCAAAAUCACCUAAACACAGAAAUCGCAUUCGUUUAUAUAUUUUUUAUUGCGUGCAUACAAAUUCUGAUGUAUAGCGGGCCGAUAAGACACGUAUCGCAAAUUAACCGAGUGAAGCGGAAGAAAUGAAAGGAUAAUUCCGUGUACAACACGUAGAUGGAUGUUUGGUUUUUUUAAUUUUCGUGAGCAACACGAUAUAGGUUUUUGUUUUGUGCGGCAGUAGUAACCUUCACUAGAACGACUUGCGAAGGGCCGGAAUCGAGCAUUUCUAUUAGUGGCACCCGGCAAUAGCUAUUGCGGGGACAACGAGAAAUCAAAAAAGGAGAAAAGAGUGCAGAAGGCGACUAGCUAUAAUUAGAUUGGCUUUUCGAAAAGGAACUUUUCGUCAGUAUUCUCCUUCCUUGCUCUCGCAGGAAUCGGCUCACCGAGGCGAGGGUCAGCAUCUAAUUGGAACGGAGUUAAGGCAUAUCGUCAUGGGGGCCAUAAUUUCAAGAUUUCGGAAAGAGAAAACCACUUGUCAGGUACUGGAAAAUUUGGAGGAGAAAAUAGAGCACAUCGAAGCGUACACAAUCAGCACCCAGGAGCAGCGAAAACGAUUCGUGGGUAGCUUUCUAGUCAUCUCUAUCGGUCUGUACGUGCUUUCCUCCCUGAUAUUUUACUUCGUGUUCUUCCCAUCGACAUGGAACGACAGAAUCGUCCGUUCGUUGCCACUGCUGAUCUGCCCGUUGAUUAUCACAUUGAUCAAGAAAGUGUUGGCAUGGUAUUUCGAGCGAAAAGUCAUCAGAAACACAAACAAACUGAAACUGUUAAGGGCAGAGAAGAAGAAAAUUUUGGAACAAGUUAUGGACAAAGAAACCUACAAAGUGGCCGUAGACAUAUUGAACAAAUUUGGCGAUAAUUCGCAGAAAGCCCAGACGCAGUCUUUGAGUGCUCUCACGCCUAUGAAGCGAGCACAGCAGGCUCCGGUGACACCCAAAGGGAUACCGCAAAUCAGGACACAACUGCCUUCUCAGUCGGCUCCUGGCCCACAAAUGCCCAUGGCGGGGAUUCGCCCAGCACCCGUUACACCGAUUGGGUUCAAUCCGAACAUUAGAACUGCUUCGCCAGCGCCUCAAGCGGCACAUUUUCAGCAGCAAUCAGCUGGUCUCAUACAUAGACCGAUAGGGAUGGUCCCCCCACAGACAAUGCCUUACCGGCGUACGCCUUAUCCGAUUAUUAAUCACAGCCAAAAAGGCGUCCUGGAGAAGAUGGUCGACUAUCUGGUCGGCGAUGGACCAAACAGUCGUUUCGCAAUGAUCUGCAAAGAAUGUCUUAUGCAUAACGGCAUGGCUCUUCAGGAAGAGUAUGAAUUCGCUGCCUUCCGGUGUGCCUUCUGUGGCGCAUUUAACCCGGCAAAAAAACUGCGCCCUAUGGCCCCCAAGCUGCCAUUUGAACAGGUUCAACUGACCCAGCAGAGGGGGAAGAGACUGUCCGUCUCAUCCAGUGGAGAAGAAUCUGAAUCGCCAUUAGUUGAGGAAAACCCUGCGGAUGCAGAAACUGUACCGGAACAGGAAGAGAACGUCGCAGUCGACAAUGCUCGCACAGAAGCCGACGAGGCGAUGGAGGAAGUCGAUCAGAAUUUAGAAAUCGCAACCCCUGUAGUGCCAGAAGCAACCACAUCAAUCGAAAGUGACGAACCUGGCGACCAGCCAAAUGCCACAGGCGAAGAAAUUCCCGGAAACAGUACCGACGACAAAACAGACUGAACUUUUUUUCUUUCUUUAACAUGACGCGAUUCACGUAGUUAACAUUCGGAGUUGUUUGCAAAGAACUUUUACAGCUUGAAGCCUCGUCACCUCCUUGCAUGACUUUGUUCAGCGUUUAGCAACUUCCAAUGGAAGCGAUUAGUAAACAAAAAAAAGAAAGUCUUGGCUAAUGGUAUUGUCGAGUAGAAUCAAUCUUCGGAGCGCGGAGCGUGAAAGUUGCAUUUACAAAUCCCAUUGUGAGAUGAGCGUUAAAACUCAUUUUCGUUUAUCGACUUAUAUCAAUUUAACAAGAAGCAGUACUCAUACCGAUCCCUAUUUUUCCUUUUUGUAGUUUCAACGUGUUGUAAAACCCUUUGUCAUUUAUUCCAUUGGUUAAUGUAGAAGGUAUAGUUGCUGACCUGUUUAAAAUUUUGUGCAUGCUUUUGUUUUGUUACUCGAUCGUGAAAGAUUUCAUUAAUUUUUGGGCUAAGCGCAUUUAUUUAAGUAGUAAAAUAUUUUGAGAACACAAAACUGUACACUGCACACCAGAUGGAGGAACAAUGGACACUUGUAUCAGCGAACAUCGAACAUUGAAUUGUAAUAUAGCUUUGUUAGGGAAGGAAUUUGAAAACGUAAAUUAUUACGAGACAACCAGAAGAAUGAUGAGUGAAUCAUGGGAAGAAUACAGUGUCUGACUAACCUAAAGUGGAAUUUUUUUAUUGACUGUUGAACCUCAUGUGUAUGAUAAUUAUCGAUUUGUUAUGAUUUUUAUGGAACUGAAGAAAGACGAGAUAAUAGCGAAAUAUAACAAAUGAGAAUU